AAAGUGCUGACCUUCCAGAUAAGACUCAGUUUCGUUUACUUGUUACAAAGCACUCGGUGUUUCUGGCUCUUUAUGCAAAGCGAAAUUAAGACUACAUGACGUCGUUGCUGACCUUUAGCACGACCUCGACCCACAUUUCGAAAGGAAAACCACUUCCUGACUAUAUCAUUACUGGUAGGCGGGCGGUAAUCUAUAUUUUUGCACUACAAUCCUAAUAGUAUGAUAUCAGUGGACACAAUGAAAAACUGGACAAAAACUUUUGACUGCCAUGAUUGUCUAGAUGAAACUUAAUGUUGAGCAAUUCAAGGCGAGGGGAGAAGCAGAAAUUUGGAUCUAUACAUGUACUAGUACUGUACGAGUACUUUGAAGAUCCUUGGUGUACGAGUAAGUACAUGUAGUUGUUGUUCUAGUACAUUUUCGACCUACUGGCAGUAAAUUAUAUGCAGCCACUGAGUUUCCAUGGCAUCUUUUCUCUAUUUGAUUUAUUUGCCUGUAAAGGCAAGUGAAGAUGAAGUAGACCACAGAGGUGGUCCAGACCUUCACGACCAUGUGUCGAAAUCGGAAUCAGAACCAGCAUUUACAAAACCAUUUCAUGCAGUCAAAGAGAGGACGGAAGAUGAAUUAGAUACUGCCUGUGAUGAAAAUACUCCACUCAUGUCACUGACAUCUAAAGGAAAUUCUGUAUCAUUUAAUAUAUGUGAUGAUGGAGAGUCUUCCAGUCUGACUGCACCAGAAUUUGUGCAUGACAGUAAAAAUGACAGUCUAGAAAAAGUUGGUCCCAGUGUCAGAGAACCUGAUGUUGGAAGUUUUGUGUCACCAGAUUUAGAUAAAGCGAAAACCUCCGACAUCAGUCCUAUGGGAAGGGAGGUGCAGCAGACAAAAGAAGAUCCUUCUAUCCAACCUGCAACUGAAGUACCUUCUGUUGGAGAGUAUUCUGCAGUUACAGAUAAUGCUAAGGAAGAUGAAAAUGAUGCAAAGAAUAAAAAGAACUUAACACUAGAUAUAAGGUUAGCUUCAAAACCUCAAAAGAGAGAGAUUAAAAGUGAAUCUGACGUGGAUCAUGUUCAGCCAGAGGAGUUCAAUGAUCCAGAUGAAGAUGUCUUUGGGCAUCCAGACAGCCAUGAAACCCUAGAAACUGAACAGGAAAAUAACUUGGAAUCACCUACCUAUAGGCAAAAACGUUUAGAUAGUCAAAUGUCAACUUUUGCAGAAUUCUCAGGGGAUGGUAAAGAGUAUCUGACCACCUUGUUGGAGGAAUUGAGGAUCAGAAAUGCAGUGUGGGGUCUGACAGAAGAUAAAAAACUUUACCAGGUGACAUUUGUUGAGGAAGGGGGUGAGAGAUGUGAAACCAUCAUGAAAUCUCUCCAAGAUGUGGGUGUGGGAUCCACCAUCAAGAUGUCUUCUAUCAGCGCAAUACCAAUUUCCAUUCAUCUGGACGAAAAUGCAGAAUACUCCAGUGAAGAAAGUUCUCCUGAAAGAUCAAAAGAAGACAUUGAAGGGAAUUUUUUCAAAUCUAUCAAAUCAAGGUUAACAGUAGCUCAGGUUGUAGAACAAAUAAAAGCCCAGGCGGCCCUUACCUUUGACUAUGUUAUGCUGAUCAUACUUGCCAGUAUAAUUGCAGGCUUUGGCUUAUUAGAAAACAGCUCUGUUAUUCUGGUAGCCAGUAUGUUGGUCUCUCCUCUUAUGGGUCCUAUACUAGCAGGGACAUUUGGUUUGAUGGUUCAGAAUAAAAACCUAGGUCUUUUGGGGAUCAAGACAGAACUUGUUGGACUAGGCCUUUGCAUUGCAUCUGGCUUUGUUUUGGGUAUAAUAGCAGGUGUUGUGGGUCCUACAUGGGGGGCUGUGCCUCAGUACCCGACACCAGAAAUGGCUGUGAGGGGCCAGGUGAGAAGUCUGUGGUCAGGUGUGUUAAUUGCUGUCCCAUCAGGUGCGGGGGUUGCCCUCUCCGUCCUAGGAGGCAAUGCCGGAUCCUUGGUUGGUGUAGCCAUCUCUGCCUCUCUCCUGCCUCCAGCCACCAAUGCAGGCAUGCUGUGGGCCUAUGCCAUUGUUAGUGCUGCAAACCCACCUGCAGUAGCUAGUGAGAGCAAUAUCACCAGCCCUGACUCACACCUCCAGUGUCCUCCAUUUCUUGAUAAUGAGUAUGAGCCAGUUUACAGUUGCUGGAUGGCUUCAGAGGCUAUUGUACUAGGAACUGUCAGUUUAAUGUUAACACUGCUGAAUAUACUGUGUAUUUUUCUCAUGGGGAUAGCUAUACUGAAGGUGAAAGAAGUUGUUCCGAAUACUGCAGCAACUACAGCAACUGAUGCUUUCUGGAAAAAGGACAUCAAGGUUGCUCGAGACUCAUACAAAACCAUGAAGCCAGGAGAAGAAUCAACCAAUAGAUUAGCUAAAAACUUUCUCCAGGAGUGGCAGAACUUAAAGAAAGAGAUAAAGGCUGAAGAUCGGCACAGGCUGAGGGAGAUGUUACAUCAUGUCUCUGAUGGUGCUGAGUUUUCAGAGAUCCUUGCCAGGGCUCCCCAGAAUUUGCGUGCAGCUAGUAGGACAGUUGCACGUCAAAUAUCAAAUCAUAUUGCUGAAGAUUGUCAAGGGGAAGGUUUUGAAGAUCAGGAUUCAUACCACCAUACAAUCCAUUCCUUCAUGCCUGAUGUACACUGUCGGUCUCCUAUUUCUUACUCUCCAAAAGUUAAUUAUAUAACAGUACAUUAUCCUUUUAAUUGGCCAAGAGUAAGGAAACAACAUAAAAAGAGGGCAGCACGUCCUGCUAGUCAUGAGGAUUAUGUCAGUGGAGAAGAAUCUUCCAUCAGAGGGAAAGAAGAGAGGUUUACAGUUACCAAAGUGGAAGAUCCACUACAGGAACUACCUACCUAGUUAUUAACUACCUAUUCUUCAUUUGACUUAAUCAACAAAUAUGUUUACAUAUUGCAUUUUUGUUUUAGAAAGCUGAAUUUGUUGAAAUAUAAUUACUGGGAUUGUGAACUUUUAAAAUUUCAUUUAUUGCUUCAAAAUCACUUUUACUGCUGAUUUUGUUUUAAUUUUUGUAUUUAAGGACAAAGGUUAAGCUAGAUUUUGACACAAUAUCAUUUUCAGGUCUUUCUUUGGCUUUUUAUUUGAACUUUAUGGUUUAGAAAUUUGCAUGAAAUUUUAUUUCUUUUUGAUAAGGAUUUUAAUUUUCAACAUAUUUUGUAACUGCAGUGCAUUUGUUCAAAGGAUAAUGUCUCUCAGGGCAAUAUUCACUUAUUUGUUUUUUGUUGUGAUUUUUCAUGAUCAUUAAGUUUAGAGUAAGUGGGAUAGAAAGUUUAAAACACAGAGUAAGAAUAAAUGUGAUGGAAAUGUUGGCACAUUUUCUUUGUAGUGUAUUUAUUUAAAAUUGGGUAUUUGUGCAUUUGCUAUUAAUUUUGCAUCUAUUUUAAUGGCACAAUAUACAUAAGUAUGUGUGAUAGGAAUUUAAAUGUUAAUGUCUCCAAGGGGGUAUGGCGUUAUUUGCAUGUUUACUGUUUUUCAUUUGACAAUCUUAUAUUGGAAAGUAUAGGUAAAUAAUGCAAGUCUGAUCUAGAUGGAUGCCCAUUGGGUCCAGUAAAGGUCAGAGCUGUUAUAAGCAGUCAAAAUGAUGGAAGUGUUCAAAUUAACAACAUUAACUUCAUUGGACUCUGAAUCUCAGGGCAUUUGCAUCAGGGCUACACCAAAAGUGUACUUCUAUAUUGGUUUUAUUAAAAGGUUGCAGAGUAGGGGAUUAUAUUAAAUUUAAUAGUUAGACGUCCUAUCCAUCAUUUCAGCUUUGUGGGAGCAAGACAAUAGAUGAUAUGUAGAAAAUAUUUCCCUGGUAAGAGGGUACAGUAAUGAAAAAAUUUAGGUGAAAUGGUCAACUUUGGUGUUUUCACCUAUGACUAUAGAUAAGAAAACUUUGACUAUUUUUAUAAGAACAAUGCUGAAGUCUUCCCUUACAGUUGCUUAAAAGUAGUAUGCCAAAACAAGUUGUUUCUCAAUCUUGACAUGAAAAUCAGUUCAUGAAUACAUAUGGAUAGUUCAUUGCCUUUGGUGUAGUAGCAAGUAGGAUAGUUAAUUUUAUUCUGUUAGGGAAACCAAAGAUGUCUUGAAUAAUGUUACCAGUAAAUGGAUUUAACUCUGUCUUAAAAAUUGAUUUUUUUUGGACAGACAUUGUGCCUGGACAUAACCAUUGCUUGCAUCUGUUGUAGUAGUUAGUGUUAGUAUGGACUUUCCUUGUAAGCAUUGGAUUCUUUUUUUUUUUU